AUGACAACUCAAACAGUUUCAACCAACUUCAGGGCAAGAAGCACACGGCUGUUACACACUCAGUCAGACCAACAAGCAGUCAGCCAGACAGGUCUUCGGUCAGCCUGUAUCCGUACUCAGCGUCGCUCCGACAGGGAUUGAACUCGGCAGUCACAGCGGGCCCAGACAGGCUUGGGAAUCGAACCAGCAACUAGCAGAAAGGGGUAUUACAAGUCACCACUUCUAAUAUGAUGGCUGUCACGGCGAGGGCAGUGGUCUUUCUGUGUCUCUGCUUGUCUGUGUGUCAGAUCAGAGGCUUUCAAAUCCCUCUGAAGAUGAACAAAACCAUCCAGAACCUCCUGCAGCACUAUAAAAUUCCUCCUAAAGAGAGAUUUAACGGGAAACCUGUCUUCAACAGGGAACCACUGACUGGCAAAAUUGAGGCAAAGAUGGUGUUUAUGGGUGGCGUUUUGGACACGUAUGAAAAGCUGAUUAGCCACAUGUUGAAGCAGCUGCCCACCCCAAGUCCCCAGGAAGCCGGGACUCACCCCGCCUCCGCUGUUACCCCCGCCGCUGGCGGUGAUGCUGAGGCGGGAGAGGGCGGAGAUAUCAGGGCGGAGCUGAGCUACAUCCUGAAGACGGUCCAGGAUCUGAAGCAAAAAGGCUACCGUGAGCAGGAGAAGCUUCUGCGGGGACUGCAGGCUCUCAAACACAUCCAGAUGGAUAACUUCGUCAUCCAGAGCAAAGCAUUGUGGGAGCUGCCGUGGCUGUACGAGGAGGCGAGCACACUGACCGAAAACAUCAGGAUGGAGAGGAGGCGCCGACGUCGGCAAGCGCGGAGGGCCAAAACUCAUCUGAGAGUCUAGAACACGCGCAAGAUGUCAACAAUGACAGUAACAAAACAAAGUGCAAAAGACAAAACAGUAAAACACAGACACAGGAUAUUUAAUGACAAACGUAAAAGUGACAAUACAACAUGUGAAAUAUUUCCAUAUUUAAACCAGCAUACCAAGUUAUUUUUCUGUUUUUAGAGGUUAUCAAAGAGAUUAUUUCAUAGAUAUUUAUUACAUUGACAUUUUAUUUACUAUUACAGCAGUCUAAGCCUAAUAAAUAUGGUCAUUUUGUAAUAUAUAGAGAUAGAUAUAGAUAUAUUUUUUAUGGAAGUUCGGUCGGUGCUCGAUACUUGAAGAGUGGCGGUUUGAUUCUGGGAAAUGUUUGUUACUGCAAGAUCUGGGCAGCUGAUAACUAAUUGUAUUCAACAUGGAGUUUCACUCACUUCAUCAAUCACAGAAUUAUUUAAAAUCACCUGGAAAUACUUGAUAUCUUGAUAUUUACCUAUUCUAUAACGGCAGAUGAUUUAACGCCCAGAAAAUCAACCAGACAGAUUUAUAAUAUCUUUAAUUAUCAGCAGCUCAGGUUUAAAAUUAAGUUUAAUUACUUGAAUGGCAAAUCACAUGUGAUCUUGUCUUGUAAAAUGUUUUUUCUAUUUUAGCAUUUCUCAAAAAUAAGACAAAAAAAAGAUCAAUCAGAAAAGAAAAAGUAUGAACUUGUGAUGUCAAACUCCCCCCUCGAUAUGUUUUCACAUAUGAUAUUUACAGUAUUUCACCUUUAAAAAAAAAAAAAAAGUAUCACAUGUGAAAGGCAUCUUACAUAAGUAAUUGUUGGUUUCCCUUUGUACAUUGCAUUUGACUUUUCAUCAAUGAUGCAGAAGUUUUGAUAAAUGAUAAAUAUUGAACGGUCACUCCAUGAACCCCCCACCAACAUCACCACUGUACCGCCUAAAUUAACUUAUGAUGAUGAUGAUGUUUACAGUACAAAGCACACCAGAGUUUAAUGCUGAUGUACUUAAAUGUACCACAAGUCCUUUGAACAUUCAGGUACAGGAACUCGGCAGCUGUGGUAGUACUAUACUCUUUAGGGAUUUUUGUAUUUUCCUAAAAUGUUGUAAUUUUUCUAUAUUUAUUUUUGUAUUUAACAUGUCUAUUUAAUAUUGACUGAUGUGACUGACUUUUGUUAAUUUAUUGUGUAUUUAUUGAUUGGCACAUGGAGACAAAUGAAACUGAAUAAAACAGAAUGAACUUAA